UAGAAGAGAGGUGCAAAUCGAUCUUACAACAGCUGGGUUAAGAUUUCCUUGGACCAGAAACGUACUAUCCAGAUCUUAAAUAAUCUCAGUCAAAUCUGCAAGUCAGUAUCUUCAGGUACAACCAACGAAAAUUCAAUAAUUUUACCUUUUUAUUUACGAGAUUUUAAAUACCGAACUUUAGACCGAGGAUUACAACAUAAGCACUGAGCAGAACGUGACAUGGCUGCAAUACAAGGUAAAGAAUCUACGGCAUACAAACAACAACAUGAAGAAUGUUUGGAAGAUCGAGUCGAAGCAAUGGCACCAAAAUAUCAUCAGAACUUUUUCACCACCUUUGAUGAUGACGAUGAUGAUGAGGAUCAGUUUAUGUCUCAGCUGAUAUCAACAGGGAAAGAUCCACAUAAUCACAACAUCGAAGUUGAGCUUGGGAGAGAUGAAGAGCGGCCUAAAAGGCCCAACAUGACAGAACGAACUGGACGCGGUGAUCCUGGAAUGAAGCCAGUCCACCCUUUGCCUUUCAUUAAGAUAGACUUAAACAAUAAUUACAGAAACUGGGAAACCAUUUUUGGUGGGUUAAAAGAAGCAAAUGUUUGUGAUGUUGAUUGGAGCUUGAAGACUCAUGAGCCAGUACACGAUGACCCCGGUUUUCUGCCACCAGAUCUGCCGUCAAGUAAAGCAGGUACUACGUCCAUCACAGUAUUUGGAGCAGAUAUUAAUGAUAUACCAACUUCAUAUGAUGUUCCUGGAUUAGGUGUUCACGAGCUGGCUGUCGUGGGAACGUUUGUUCAUGGGAUGAUUAUACCAGGGUUUCCAUAUCGUGUUCGUCUCAAUGGAUCCAACGAGUAUCUCUUUGAAGGAAAUGCUCUAGUCCUGGAAGCCAUUGGUCAAGGAUAUGGAAAACGUUUAACGUUUGAGUGUGAUGAUCUUCUUAACAACAAGAAUUUCUUCUGGUCUGAUAAUAAUCCUCCAAGUGGUUAUGCCUUGUCUAUCAAGUUACCGAUGAUAGAAGGAAAAUAUACAGUGAAGAAUAAAGAUGAGAAGUCCAUUGGAAGCUUUACAGUCAAGGCAGUGGAUGACCAUCAAAUCAUCCAAAGUGUGCGAUGUUUGCAGGAUGGUAUUCAGAUCGAGGUUCGAGUGAAGAUGUUAUGUUAUUCAACCAGUUUCCCAAAUAUGGAUACAUCAGAGGGGAUUCUGGGAGGAGUUGCUAUAGCAACAAGAAAGAGAAGAAACAUUCAAGUAGAACGUAUCAAGAAUGUCCACAUUGCUGGUAUCAAAGACUGCUGUCAGUUGAUAAAGUCAAAUGACUAAAUAAUGAAAGUAUCCUGAGUAGAUUUCUUUGACUUGGACUUUUUUUUUUUUUUUUUUUUGCUUACCACUGAUCGUUCCGAUCAUUACAUCUGGAAUACUGUAUUCUAUUUAGUAUGGGUUAGGGCUAGAAAGCACCGAGGCCGGAGACAAAAGCACUUGAUGAGUUUUUUCUUUUAACAAAGCGACUAAAACGGAAUUAAUGACCUUUUAUAUUCCCGUCUGAAAAAGUAGUCUCAGUGGGUUAUCGAAUUAAAUACAAUUAUAAAAAGUAUCUAGAUACGUACUGUAUGUAGAUACAGAUUCUUUGCGAGAUGCAUGAUAAUUCAUCAGUUUCCUGUGGGGGAGAGGGUAGGGAUAAAAUGAUGCAAUACUAAAACAAUACGAAUCUAAUAAACUGGGCCAUUUGAAAAACACACUUAUAAAAGAAAGAAUUGUUUUGGUAUAACUAUACGUAAUAGAUGUCGUAGAAAUUAAGAUUCAAAUCAUAAUAAAUCUCUUUAUUGUUGCAUGACUGCGUUCAGUUAUCGACACGUACUUUGCCUUGAUUGUGACGUGUGAAGAAACCAUGGUUUUAAACUCGACCCAAAAGAACGCAAUAUCUUUAUUUUUGUUUUGCUGGUUGCUGAUAUGUUUACUGGCUAAAUAUCUUUUUGCUUUAUAAUUGAAGCCAAUAAAGCUAGUCUUGCAAUUGUUUUUUUAUUCUGCUAGUUCUUUCGGUGCUGUUUGCAAUCAUUAUUGUGAAAGAGGUAGAUUAAAGAGCAUCUGAAUAAAUUAGUGGUGUGGAAA